GUUUUAUGCAGCUAUAUAAACCUGGAUUCAGCAGGAGGUGAUCAAAGUUAAGACGACUGUAACGAUGAAGUCAGUGUUGUUGCUGCUGACCCUGCUGACUCUGUCCUCAGCCAGUUUUCUUGACACUGUGACCAGCGCAGCGUACAUCAAUGACUCAUUACUGGAUCCGGAGCUAGGAGAAAGGAUUCCUGAAAUCAGCGCCAAUGACUCGAUGCUAACAGAUGAAGCCUUUCUCUUUCCUCCCCCUGAGCUCGAGAACAGGCAAAGUCAGCCUCAGCCCUUCAGAAUCGGCAACCUGGAAUGGCAGACCUGGCGUGGCUUUCUUCCAAAUGGAGCUGUUUCAAUAUACAAUAGUUAUACCCGCCGCUACGACUACGUCUGCAAAUACAAGUGUGAGGCCGGUUUCUACAACCCCAAAAUGGGUCCUUACUGCAACUACCCCUUCUCGAGACGAGCACACCGUUCUGCUCCAUUUGAGAUCCUUGUUAACAGGGAUAACAUUGAGUUUCUGGAGUGGAAGGCUAGUUCUUUUGGUAAACUGCCCCAGAAUUCAGUUGGGACCUGCUCUCGGGGGGGCAUUUAUGUCGGAAAGAACAAGUUUGGGCUUGGGAAGGUGCAUCCUAAAUCCAAGGCCUUCUUCCUUCCCUGGAAACGUAAAGCGUAUUGGUACAAGAGGAGGUACCAGGUCCUGACCGUCAGUAGCGGCAUAGUCAGUGAGCAUAUCUCUGAUGUCAGGUACAAGACUGAUAGAGCCAAAGUCUUCCAGUAUGCCCCAGAGACCAUGCGUCUGUCUGCCAUCUCCAACAGGGCAUGCCGUAAUGUUGUGAAAACAGUCAUGCUUUCAGAGAAAAGCCAGACAGAGCACAGUUGGGAAACCAGUUUUACCUUCACUGUCGGUGUCACAAGUUCCAUCAAGACCCGCAUCCCCUUUCGCAGAGACGGAGAAUUUGGGUUUAGUGCUGAGACAACAUUCCAGACCUCAAAGGGGAAGUCUGUCACCAAGGAAAACACUCACUCUGUGUCUGUGGAGUUUGAUGUUCCACCCAACCACUACUGCAGAACCCGUAUGGUGGGAUAUAAGUACAAAGCAGACAUCCCAUACACAGCCCAACUGACACGCAAAUACCGCAACGGGCAAACCCGCUGGACCACCAUCACUGGGACUUACCACGGUGUCCAAAUGGGAGAAGUCUGGGCCGAAGUGGACCGCUGUCCACCUGUACCCAACGCCAGCCCUUGUCACUGAAAGUGUGUCUGUCUCAAGGCUAUUCAAAGAUGGCAGGUACGCAGUCUGGUUAUGACAUGUGUGUAAUGUAACCGGAGCUGCGAUGUUUAAAAGCAGAUGGCGCUAGAAAUAAAGCCUGACAGAACUUUAUGGGUAAACUCAAUUGGAUAGUGGACAUUUUCAUAUAAAAAGCAUUUGUUUAUGAUCUUUUAUUGAAGACAUUUCAUUGUAAUUUUCACUCAUGUCUUUAUUUUUGGCAUAAAAUUUAUUCCAACUCAAGGCCGACUGCAGAUAUCUCCGUGAAACAAAUCAGUCAUCCCCAUGUUCCAUGACAGUGCGCCAUCCAUCCACUAGAUGUCCUCAGACUUUCCUCCACUUCCCCUCUACCUGACUGCCCCACUCAUCUACACACCUGCUCCCAGACAUGUUUUCUACACAAAAUGAUGUCUGUUUUUUCAGACUUUCUUCUAAUCUUUGUCAUUUUUACUUGUUGGAUUCCAUAUUGCAGCCACUUUUAAGUGGUCAAGAAUACAUUGCUUUGUUUUAAAGGGUUGGAUUGGGAACCACUGGAAAUGCAGCAUGAGAUCAUUGAGCACGAGCCAUACUUACUUACAUACUAGAGUAGUUCAAAGUUCUUUGUAAAUUGGACCCUUAUUGAAUACUGCUUUUGUUGUGGUCUGUCACUCUCUCCACUGUUUAUCAGUGCUAUCAUUAACGGCUUAAAAUUCAUGUACUGUAAAACUGCUGCCAGAUCCUGGAUGACAAAAUCAUUUAUUUUACUGUGUAUUAAAACAUUUCAAAUAUGUAUUGGUUUAAGUGUUCAAAAGAUCAGUUUAUUCUGUGUUUUUAUGAUUCAGUGUGCCUCAAUAAAUGUUGUCAGACAAAACUAA